AUGGAUGUGGGCGAUGGCAAUGAACCAGCUCUGAAAGGCCAAACGACGGUUUCCAUAAAUGUCAACAAUAAUGCUGAGGAGUCAGCAGAUGGUGAGAUUAAUUCAGCUUGAUUGACAACCCGAGAAGCCGCAAGUAGCUAAGUCGGUCAUAAGGAUGGUUUUCAAGUCACUCAAAAAUUUUUCGAAUCGUUUUAAUUUUCCGACUUUAAUGAGAUGCAAAAUAAGGUUACAUGAGAUUUUACUUACUUAGGCCUUGCAUUGGUCCCCUAGGGUGGAUUCGUUUACCGCAUUUGCCCGCUGGAAUUUUUUUAUGGUUUUUAGGCUAGGGCCCUCUGUCCGUAUUGCUUGGACUCCAAUUUCCAUGUAUUAGUCAUUUAAUAAUUAAUAUACACUAAAAAAUUACUCAUUUCUGAUUGGCUGAAAAAGAAGAGCAGUUCUCCUGUAACACAAGCGCAAGUUUGUAACACGAGUGCAAAUUGCAAAUGGUUUUUGAUUGGCUGAGAAAAGCGAAAGAAACCAACAAGAGCAAAUCAGAUUAGAGCUAUUUAAUAGCAACAAAGUUUAAGAUAAGACAUGCAGGAUAAUGGACGUCGUUUUCAGCAAACAACGAUUUGAUUUUGCAUGCAAAACAACAAAAGAACAGUUAAAAAUAUUCCAAAAACCCAAACACAGUAAAAAGUACGUCUUUCUGGCUGAAUGUAUUGAAAAUGUGUUGCGAGCGCCCAACAGGCGGCACGCGUGCCAUUUUAGCUCUCUAAUUUUUUACCCUUUUUAACCUUCUAUUCGCCCCUAAAUUUGUUCAUAAAACCGUUUCAUUAAUAUUAUACGUCUGUAUAUCGCUUGAAUGAAAUCCUUGCCAUUCAAGCGAUAUACAGAAUCAACUUCACCGAGGCGUUUGGCCACUGGUCUUUGGCGUUGUCUAGCUGACCAUAGAAUAUCAAGGACGACGCUUACAUGUCGCGGAUGUAGAGCAGGACGGCAGAAACAAAGUCUUUCUUGUGUGACUUUGUCAACCUCGAGUCUUCAAUCAAGUCAAAUCCUAUAUUACAAACCUUCGGUUCCUACAAAUUCGGCCAUUAAUGCCGGAGUUGAACAGCAUUUGUAUUUUUCUUUGCCUGGAACAUUAAAUAUUCAGUCUGACACCUUGUCCUGCAGUUUCAUUAACAAUACUAUUAUGAACCGUCAUUCACCCAUAGUGGAUUCUCUGCAAAACACUAUGUGGGACUUCUCGCGAGAUUCAGGAUCGCCACAUAAUUCGAGUUAUCAUGCGCCGAAAAUUAUGGUUGCUGCUGCAAUGUCUCUUACACCCAAGAUCACCGAAGUGCAGGAAUUCAUCGAUAGGAAUAAAGUUAGCCUCGCUCUCGUAACGGAAACGUGGCUAAAAUCUGCUGUGGAAGACACUUUUGUGGAUAUUCCUGGCUUUUCCAUUGUACGAAGGGACCGGGCAUCCAAUGCACACGGCGGCGUUUGUCUUGAUAUCAAGGACGAUUACUUUAGAUUUAAAAAGCUUAAGGAG